AUGGCGCAGGCGGCAGAGGAUGCCAUCAAGAUAUCCAUCGAGGGUACGUCCCUCACAAUUCCCCCAACUCCCCUCUCCAAGGACAAAGAAUCAAAGAAUCAAAGAAUCAACGUAGCCCACCUUCCUGCAUCUGACCCCCUCGAAAAAAAUACAGCCGCCACAGCCUUCGUCCAAUCUUUCUACCCCGCCCUGCAGUCCGCCCGAGACACCAUCGCCUCCUUCUACGCCCCAACCCCAGUCCUCUCCAAACUCCUCUUCAACGGCAACAUCGUUGCAGAUGGCCCCUCCGUCCAGGAAAUCUUCACGAACCAAAUGCCCCCCACCCGCUAUGACAUCCAGUCCUACGAUUGCCAGAUCAUCAAUACGAAUUACCCCGCGCUGCCUGCGUCGUCAUCAUCCGCCGUAACUGCAGCUUCGGCAGCGAGGAACAUGUCCAUUCUGGUCCUUGUGAAUGGGUCUGUGAGGUUUGGGGUGGAGGUGGAGCCUGGUGAUUCGACGAAUCGGAGGUUCAGUGAGACGUUUGUUCUUGUACCGAAUGCUGCCGCCGCCGCUGCUGCUGCUGCUACUGGCGGGGCCCCGAAAGAGAGGGAGCAGGAGAAACGUUGGUUGAUACAGAGUCAGAAUUUCAGGCUGGUUGGAUCAUCCCUUGACGCAGUCGAACUGGGCAGGAGACCGCGCUGUGCGAAGGAAAAUUGGAUAAGACUUAUUUGGGGGCAAUGGAGAGCAGAAAUGAUAGCCGAAAUUGGAUCUGUGCAUACCGAACUCAGCCACCGUCUCAGCUCCUCUGUCGUCCAGUCUUCUGGGUCUUGGGGGGAUGGAUUAGCAAAGGGCGAUAAUACAGUUAAGUUACCCGGCAUCAAAAAGAGAAAAAACAACAUACUCCCUGCCGGGUCUGGUUCUGCGGGAAACAUAUCGCCACCCCAGAUGCUCCAUACUGCUGCGGCUGUUACAAUGCCGGCGAAUCCUGCCAAUACGGUCAGCCAAGCAGCCGUGGGAUGA